AUGCAUGGGACGCUUCUCUUCAUCCAUAUUAACUCGGGCAUCGUCAUGGCGGAGGCCCUGGGGCUCGCGGCAAGCGUAAUCGCCGUGGUUGAUCUAUUCGCCAAAAUCGGUGUGCUGUGCUCCCACUACUGCGCCGAUCUCAAAGGGGCUCGACGGGAGGUCCGAGGUAUCCUGAAUGAGGCCGAUAGCUUCAGUCACACCCUUGGAGAUGUCGAGAAACUCCUCUCGAGCCCGAAUGGCUCAAAUAUUAACCCCAUCAAUAUUCAACGCACUAUUGAUGAUUGCCGUGUACUGUUGAAUGACCUAGCUGUGAAGCUUCAACAGGGAACAAGAUGGCAGUGGAUGAAGUGGCCCUUGAAGAAAGAAGAGGUGGCGCAAAUACUUCAUAAGCUUGCGCGAUGGAGGGCCGCCAUUGCGUUAGAAUUACAAAUAAAUCAGGUAGGAUUGCUUCGUGAUGUCCACCAAAGCACCGUCAUAGCAAAGCUACGUACCGCGGAAGGCGCGAGAUUUGACUCCGGCGAGGAAGCCACCAAGGCCAAAUGCCACCCGGGCACUCGGGUUGAUGUCCUGCAGCAGAUAAUGGCAUGGGGCUCCACCUCGGAUGGUGAAUCUAUCUUUUGGCUGAAUGGGAUGGCCGGUACUGGCAAGUCUACCAUUUCGCGAACGGUCGCGCAGUUAUUUUCAGACAAUGGCGCACUUGGUGCUAGCUUCUUCUUCAAGCGCGGCGAAGGUGACCGCGGCCGGGCGGCCUAUCUGUUCCCGACAAUAACUGCCCAACUUGUUCAACGGCUCCCAUUACUCGCCCCUCAUGUAAGCGCUGAGAUGGAAGCGGAUCCUGCCAUCUCCGAGAAAUCACUAUCCACUCAAUUUGAGAAACUCAUUAUGAAUCCAAUACAAAAGAUGCGCGAGACACAGCCAUUGGUCAUUGUCAUCGUCAUCGACGCGCUGGAUGAGUGCGACAGUAUUGACCAACUAAGGCUCGUCAUCUUCCUUCUUCAGAGCCUCGACCGAUCCGCAGCUAUCAGCUUGAAGUUUUUCCUCACUAGCAGGCCCGAAUUACCUAUUCGCCUUGGUUUCAUGGAUCUUGAGGGCCAGCACAAAGAAUUGGUCCUCCAUAAAAUCCCUAAGCCAGUUAUCGAGCGGGAUAUUGCGGCGUAUCUAGCACACGAGCUUGCGACGAUUCGCCAGAGCUACAAUAAAUCUGUUUCCGAAAGUCGGCGACUACCCAGUGACUGGCCAGGCCCAGAAUAUCUAGAAAAGCUGAUUGAGAUGGCAAUCCCUCUAUUUAUUUUCGCCGCAACGACGUGCCGUUUCAUCGGAGACCGGAGGCUUGAGGCCCGAAGCACCAACUUGUCAAAAUCUUGGAGCACCAACAAAACCGGCAGUCUAACCUUGAAGGAACCUAUAUGCCUGUGCUGGACCAGCUCUUGA